AUGGGGACCAAACCAUCUGUGGCCAAGAACAAUAUUUACUCAUCAUUGCCACUUCCACCACAAAUUGAAAAAUUUGAAAAAGGUGCUGGGUUCGAGUACUGCUCGGAGCGGCUAGAGAAAAAGGUCAAACUAAGCCAAAAUGUUGAACCGAUAUCAUUAAUAAAGAAUAAAAAAGGCAUCAAAUCAGGUACUGUCUGUAGUGUUGCUGGCUGGGGAAGACUGCAGACUAAAGGCUCAGCGAGUGAUCGCCUAAUGGAGGCAAACGUGAAAAUAAUGAAAGACAGACAAUGUAAAGAAAAAUUGAAAGGAAGUGUGAAAUAUUUAAUCUCAAAGAUGAUGUGUGCAUAUGGCCGUGGUGGAUCCUGCAGGGGGGAUUCAGGAGGGCCUUUGGGGACUUACAACAUCAUGUCUUUCAGCCAUCAUUACUCCAUGAACUAA